AUACAUUUAUGUAUUUUAUUUUUAUGUAGUUAAGCUGUUUCUUUAUAGUUUGCAAUAAGUUUAUAUUUUUAACUAAUAAUGAAUUAUAAACUACUAUGUAUAAACAUUUGGACCAUUUGGUGGUUUACCAUAACUAUUACUUGUUCACCUUUAUUACAAAAUCAAGAAUCCAUAGAGAACCAAAAAGUGCAUCUAAAUCAAGAUAUGAUUAAAUUUAUGCAAAAAUUUGGAUAUAUGGAUCAAGAUGGUCCCCAAGCUUUAACUGCUAAAGAUGAAUUGAUGACUGCUUUGAAAUUAGUACAAAAGUUUGGUGGAUUAAAACAGACAGGAGUACUUGAUAAUGAUACAUUAAAGUUAGUGAAGUCAAAACGUUGUGGUGUACCUGACAUAUUAAAACAAAAGAUUACCAAAAAUAAAAGAUUUGUUACUCCUUCAAAUGGUUGGAAUAAACGAGCUCUUACUUAUUUCAUUUCUAAUUUUACCCCAAAAUUAUCACGUGAUGGUAUAAGAAAUGCAAUUCAAAGUGCAUUUUCAAAGUGGAGUCGGUAUAGUCGAAUUAUUUUUACAGAAGUAUAUAAUGGUAAUGCAGAUAUUUUAAUUUCAUUUGGUGUUUCCAAUCACGGAGAUCAGUUUCCAUUUGAUGGUCCUGGUAAUGUCCUUGCGCAUGCUUUUUAUCCAACAGAACUAGGAGUUUUAGGCGGGGAUAUACAUUUUGACGAUAGCGAAGACUGGACAUUAGAUAAUUCUAAUUAUGGUGUUGAUUUCUAUUCUGUGGCUAUUCAUGAAAUGGGGCAUAGUUUAGGAUUGGGACAUUCAUCAGAGCCUAAUUCUAUUAUGAAUCCCUAUUACACAGGUCCACAACCUCAAGAUAUCGGAUAUGACGAUAUAUUAGGAAUGCAUUCAUUAUAUAUUUCUAGAACUCUGCCCGGAGAUCAUGUGCAUUUUGUAGAAAGUACUAUCCAACCACAGCCUAGUAUACCUAAUAAACCACAUGUUCAUUGGUCUUCAUUUAGCCAUGAAUCGUGUACAGAUGAUAAUGUUGUAACACCAGAGUCAGUAACUACUUAUAAGCCUGAAAUCUCCACUCAAAAAAAUGAUAAAAUAGAUGAAUGCCUAGGCAAUUUUGAUGCUAUUUCAUGUAUUCGUGGAGAAAUUUUCGUGUUCAAAAACAGCUUAUUAUGGAGAUUAAACAACCCAGGAUCCAUACUACCACGUUAUCCAGUUCAAUUAUUGAGGUUUUUUCAAGUAUUAGCUGAUUCCAAUCAAACCAUUGUCAAAAUUGAUGCAGUAUAUGAAAGGCCAGACUCCAAUAUUGUGUUAUUUCAUGGUAAUAGUUUUUAUGUUUUCAAUGGAAAUCAUUUAAUAGAAAAUAGUCCUAGAUCUAUCAUGGAUUACGGGUUUCCACAUUUUGUUAAUAAAGUUGAUGCAGUUAUGAUACAUGGAAUACCAUCAAUUACUUAUCUUUUUAGUGGAGAAUACUUUUGGGUGUAUGAUGAUGAUCAUAAAUUGUUAUUACAAAGGCAUAGAUCAAUUAAAGAACAUUUCAAAGGCGUAAAAACUCCAAUAGAUGAUGUUCUUACAUGGAAAUUUGGAGAUACUUUUUUUUUUACUGGAAAUCAAUUUUGGAAGUUUAAUCAUAAAUACAAUAAGACGGAAGACGGGUACCCAAAAAAUGCUGCAGAAUUCUUACUUGGAUGUAGUUAAUAAUUAUUUUUAUUGACAUUAUAACUUUUUAAUUAGUAAAUAUAAAUUAGCUUAAAAG